AUGUCUGGUUCCAGUGGGGAAAGUGGGGCUGCCCUUCCCCUUGGGACCAGCGCAGCCUCGAGAGACGUGGUGAUCACAGACGCUCCAGUUGCCCCACAACUUCCAGUUAUUCAGAUGAUAGAUGAUGAUGAAGAGGAGGAGGAGGAAGAAGAGGAGGAAAAGGAAGUACACAUAGAUAAGAGACUGAAGGCGAGGAACGAGUGGCUGGCUAAUAACGGUACGACUACGUAUGAGGAUGCGAAGGCCAAUGUUAGUCAGAGGAAGUCAUACUCCGCGAGAGAAAGGUUUCUGAUGGACCAGAGUGCGUGCAACGAGAAUGAAAAGUCCAAGUUAUACGUGUCGGAGAGUAACAAGUGUGCUAGUGGUAAGUUUGGGAACUUGAAUGAAAAUGAUAACAGUUCCAGUAGAAGAAAAUCUGUAACGAGAACUUCAAACAUAAUAUUGAAUGGCAGCGACCUCAGUAGGGACCAAGAAAUUAUGUCUUAUGGUAAUAUGAGUAAAACCAAUUGUGUGACAAAGCAGCCGGUGAUAAAUACGACAGCACUGUUAACCGGGAAUGGGGAGAGUAAUCAAAAUUAUACAGGCAGCUGUACAGAAAGUAAUGAGUCUCUGAAGGACCAUGUCAAUGGGAAUAGACCGACUGAUGGCAUCAACUCACAACCCCAAACUGAAAAUGGUAUUUCCAAUCAAGUUAUAGAAGAUGGAUCAGUGAACCAAACCAGUAAUAAAGUGUGUGAAAAUGAAGAUGUUGUUUUGAGCAAUGGAUGGCCCAAAAUCAAAGAUUACCAAGUAGAGUGUAAGGGAGAAAACAAUGCAUAUACUCUGGUAGAGUCGAAUCAGGACUCAAAGUCAAAUUCUGGGUUCAACGACGAGGAGAGUAGCUUGGAAAACCAUUUCAAGCAAGAAAGUGCCAAAGAGAACGAAGUCCUUCUGGAAAAUCUAGUCAGAGAGAAAAAAGAGAGCAAGGUGUCCAAGUUUGUCCGCAUGUUUAACAAGAAAGAGACCGUUCCUCUGGAGAGCAAGGACAGGGCCCCAGUCAGAAGAAAUUCAAGUCGAGUUUGGGGGAUGUGUAUGCAAGUUCAGAGCCCAAGUUUUGAUGAUGAAUAUUAUAAAGAGUGUAGCUACAAGAAGGACGAAAAGGACAGCGUGAAAAGUGAACCUCUAAUCGACAAUAAUCACAGCGACUUCGAAACCAGCUUAGAGAUAGGCCUUAAUGGUAGUCGGACGUCUUCCAGCUUUCCAGAGGCCGAGGCUGCAAGCUAUCGAUCUCUGGACUUAGACAGAGAACCAGUCAUUUCCAAGAAGAAAAACUCGAAUGCAGAAGCCGACUCAAAAGUUGGCAUGAGUUUGAUCAGAAGCUUUGGAGGCAGGCGCUCCUUUGACAAGCCACAGCGUCCGAAUAACUUCCCCAAGAAAUGUGGCCCACCAGAGGAAGCUGAGUGUGGCAAUGGGCUGGUCUCUAGAACAAGCAAGACACUUCCUGCUACACCUACGUCCAAUGCUCCAAAAAUGGGUGCCGACUCAGCCUCUAGUCACCCAUUUUAUAGACGCUUCUACAGUCACUGUAUGGUACUGCCGACGAGAAAGAAGAAGAAAGAUCACGCUAAGAAGAAUGGAGAUGUGAAAGGACCGGAUAUACUGCUAGACACAGCUCCCAUUUGUCAAAUUGAAGAGGUCGAGAGCCGAGACCUAGAUAGCGAAUCGAUCUUUGCAAAAGGAAAAUCUUGCAGUAUCCAGGUAGAGGAGCCCAGUGAUUCUCCCAAGAAAAUACCAGUUGUUGAUGAUCUCUUGCUGGAGAUCUUGGAAAAUGUUAACAUAGUGGAGCAUGAGAUAGAUGACAAGGAGAUGAAAAGAAAAAGCAUUAUCUACGCAGGUUCCUUAGAUCCAUUUGAUUGUUCUGAGUUCAGGAAUAAGAGCAGCUUGAGCACUGAUGAUGCCAGCACUGCUACAGGGGAAUCUGGCAUAGUUGUGAUAGACGAUGGGGCAACGAACGACAGCCUUGAGGCUUCUGAUUGGUCAGGUGCCCCAAGCUUGACCUACAGCCCAACUCGAGGAGGUUUUCAAGGCAUCACGAGAUCUAACUCGCGCAUCAGUUCUUUGAUUUCGAAGUUCGAACAAGGAACCUGAGAUCAAACGAGAUAAACUAAAGGGAGUACAUACCUUCAGUUCAGUAUUGAAUAUAGUCUAGCUGCUUUUUGGUGAUAAUGUAAUGAAGUGAGGUGUUUGUAAGCCGAUAAUAGCUAUACUGUACAGUAUAUAUAUACAUUGAGUAACUUCAUGAAAUUAUUGAUGCUGAGAGAUAUGGGAUUUUGAAAACAGGUGUGAAACGCCUCACGAAAGAUUCAAGGCACUGUGUUCAUUGUGAGACAGAUAUGAUGUAAGGAAGUUUAUAAGUUUAAAAUAAUCAGGGUUAUAUAGUUUUUCCAGUUUGAACAGGUGAGGCAUAAAGUUUCAAGUGAUGCCAUUUACUGAGCAAAUCAAAGUAGUGCUCUUGGAGUUUGACCCUCCAGAAAAUGGUCUAGCUUUCUCUUACCAUUGUCAUGACAAAGUUAAGAUGCACUAGAAUAUUUCAACAUUAAAGUCUUUGGUAAUGUUUGAAACAUUGUUGGACCCUUAUGGAAAUGAUGUAGAUACAGUUGAGGAUCAUUUUGUCUGGGAAAAAUUCUUCCAUGUGAAUUGAAGUUGAAUGUGGAAUUCUACUUGUAUGAACUUGUAUUCUUUCAGUUUUACUACUUAGUUCUUCUGUCAUAUAACAACCAUUUAUUUUUUCUGAAAUGUUGUUGCAUACUUGUAGACCGAGUUUUCAUUCUCUGCCAGGAAUUGAAGUGAACAGUAUGCACUGCAGUAUGAUGUCAGUAUAGAAGAAUAUCUGGUAGUUCACCUUGUAUGCAGUGAUAAUCUUCAAUUCACUCCGGUCGAAUGCUGUACCAUUAUUUUUAGAUACACAGAGUUUAUUUUCUAUUUCCCCAUUUAUUGUGACACUGUAUCCUCUUAUCAGAGGAGAAGGUUCAUUGAAAGAGGUAAUGUUUGUUCAAGAUCAUCAUUAUCACAGAGGUUUACCUUUGAAAUGUUCCCUGAGAAAAAUGUCAUCAUAUAUUGAUGUAUAGUAGGACAUUAUAGAGCAUUGAGCAGCAUAGGUUAAAUAUGCUUGCAUUGCCAUACAGGACAAAGAAACGAAUCCACGAGGCCUUUCCUACGUGAGUCAUAGAUUCAGACACCUUGAAAAGCAAUCACAUUUUUGUUAUAAGUUUGAAUUGACCAUGAAUGGAAUUUUGUGUUAUUGUUAUGUUGUGACGAUGUAUUUUGAAUUUGCCCACGAGGACUAUCACAGAUUUAGUGUUAUAAUUUUUAAAGUAAAAUCAUUAUUAUCAUCAUCAUUGCAUCAUAGGCAUCCUUGUCACUUUCAUUAUUAUUGUUGAGGAUAUGACAUGACCCUUUUUCUUGGACAUAAAAAUCUUUGCAUAUUGUUAAAGGUACACUGAAAAUCCUUCAGUUUUAUAAGGGGUGCUCUCCUACUCUCUUGAAGGAUUGCGACAAAUCAAGCUAUCAACUCUGACAUUAUUUAGAUCAGGUUCCAGAUUGGUCUUUUGACAACCUGACCAAGCUGGUCACCAUGUCAGUGUAUCUUUAAUAUAUCAAGAUUUACGCUCCUAACAAACGGUCUUAUUUUAUCAUCAACUUCAUUAAUAUUAUUAUUAUUAUUAUUAUUAUUAUUAUUAUUAUUAUUAUUCUUCACCCUUUUACAUCAGGUUUUUCAUUUAUGCGUUCAAAUUCUGACUAAGCCCUUUUGUGUUAGAUGUAUUUGAACUUCUGGGAAGUAUUCCCAUGAGAUCCAAGCCCUAAAGUAUGCCUCAUAAUCCAAGAGACUUCCAUUCCUUUGAAUAUGGGCUUUUAAAAUAUGUCUUGAUAUCUAACUAUCAUCUAAUAUUUAUUUUAUUGACCAUCAUUAAUAUUGAUAAUCUCCAGACAUGACAUUCACUGUAUUUAUAAAUGUACACUUUAUCAGACUUGCUUUGCCACUAAAAUCAUUUUAAUGUUUACUCAUCAGAUUCUUGUCAUUCUUCUGUCAAUUUUUAAUCAGUAAUUCAGGCGCAUUGUGGCGGUCAUUGCUUAAGCUCAACUGAGCAAAGGAGAUAUUAUGAAAAAGAAGAAAAUAUAUGGUAGUACUGAUACACUGUGCAUUGAGGAAAAUUAUUUUAGGCCUUUCAACAUUUAGAGCAGACUUUAAAUUUUCUUAUUUAAAAAACAGUUAUUUUAGGCUAGUCAACCUUUGGAACAGACGCUAAAUUGUCUUAUUUAUCUGCGUAUGUAUAAAGUAAGUUAAUGGUAAUUGCUUCAGUUCCUGAAUUCUUGACUUUGAAAUACGUAUAUAUAUAUAUGAAGUCUUCCUCAUUUAGUAAUUAGACAUUCAUUUACAUAUUUAGACAUUUAGCCAUUAGGCACACUUUUAUUUGCAGCUAUUGUUACUCAGUUUUCAAACAUGUAUUUUUUCAGCUAUUUAUUUUUCACUUACAGAGUCUAUAUCAGUAAAGUAUAUUAUACAAGGAAUGUUUUAUGUUUUUAUAUUUUAUCUUUUGAAAGUAUUUUAUUGUAUAGUUCAUUUUAUGAAAAAAUGGUGGAUUAUUUUUAAUUCAGUUGAAUUUAGUCUAAUAAUGAAAUCAGUCAUUGGGUUAAAAUAUAUCAUUUGAUACAAACAGAUAAAAAAUGGUUAUUCAGGGAUGCAAAUACUGUGCUGUUUAUUACGCACUACAGCCUCAAAAGUAAAUCGCUUAACUCUUAUUUGGGCAGAAGCACACUACAUACAUCAUAGUAUUAUUGUAUCAUAUUUAGGAUCUAAAAUUUUUUUAAAUACAACUUUAAUGGUGUCACACACUUGUGGGUUUUGUUCUGAAUUGGUUUAUCAUUUUAUUUAGCACAGCUUUGACAAAUAUGCAAUGAUAAUUCCAUUUGUUUAUCAUUUUGUUAAUUUUGUUUGAUAGACUUUGGGUCAUACAGAGUAUAUACCCUACUCGAGCUGCUGAGCAUCUAGUUUGUGUCUGGGCAUGUCACUGAUGGUAAACUUAACAUCCUCAUGAUACUUCUGUCAAAAUUGUAAGUUUGGUUAAAUCAACAAUUUAGGAAGCUUAUCUAGGGAUCUAUACUUUUAGUUAUCAAAGUAAUAAUUAAAUAAGCUUAUCUAUAGACCAUUUUGGUUCAUUUUGACACCCAAAGUGCAUCAUGGCUGCCCAAGGGUCUGAGUAGGCUAUAAAAUCUGAAUACUUUGUCCUGUAAAUAGAGAUUCCACAUCAAAAAUGGAAGCUCAUUUCAUCUAGUGAUUUUCCCUCAGCAAAAAUACCCAUUUUAACAUCAAUCAUUGUCUUCUCUGAAUCUUGUGUUUGCUGUACAUAACGUCAAUGUGAUUGAAAGUGCCUGACUCAACUUUCAAUAACCGCAGAUAUUUUUUUUAUUAUUAUUAUUAUUUUUUUUUGUAAAUGUGUCAGUCUUCUGGCUCUGCUGCCACAGAUGUUCCUAAGUGUGAAGGAGUCGACUUUCUUCCUUUCUUUCUUUUGUUCCUCUUCUGGGAGGAAGUAGAGCGAAAUGACUGUUUGCAGACACUUAUCAGUAACAUUCAUUCAUCAUUCUGAAUCUUUGCAAAGAGUUGUUAGUGUUGGACUUUCAAAUUUUCACAAACAUGUUUGGUCAUUUCUGAAUCUUUGCUAUUUACUUCGUAAUGAAUUGGUACAUAGCUUUUAUACUAUGUACGUAUUUGUCUUUUCCAGGCAGAGCGGCUGUUUACAGACACUUAUCAUUCUCAAUCUCUGCAAAGAUUCUAACUGGACUUUCAAAUCUUGACAAACAUGGUUGGUCAUUUCUGAGUCUUCACUAUUUACUUGGUAAUGAGUUGGUCCAUAGACUUUCUGUAUGAUUUGUGCCUUUUCCAGGUGUAUUGUAUUAUACCUUUUUCAAACUGAGCUGCCGUCCCUGUUCGAGAAAGAGUGCUCGUGGGAUAUCUCACCCUAGCUUUAAUUUGGGUAGGUUCAGAGAUGGCUUUUCGUUUUUGUCUCGUAUAACUUUUUUUAGCUUGUGAAAUGUAUAAGCUGGUUCUGGUUCCAGAUUAGGUCAUGCCAUUAAGUCAGAGUUUGGUAAUGUACAAGUAUUUAUCUUCUAUUUUUUAAGAUGUACAAAUGAGCGAACAUUGUCAAUCAUGAGAAUUCCCAGGGUACAUCUGAUACUCUGCUAUAUUUUCAUGCCUAUGUGCUCUGACAGCAUAGUAGUCAUUUUCAUUCAUAAACAGUUGACAGCUAUCUUACACCAUAGUACUCAUUUUCAUUCAUAAGUGACAGCUGUCUUACAGAACAUUACUCAUUUCAUUCAUAAGCAAUGACAGCUGUCUUACACUAUGCACUUUGGGAAACAUAAUACCAGAAAUGAAAUGAAGUACAGCAGUGGAUUUUGGUAAAUGAAAUACAGUUCAUUGCUGUUCCUUUUGUGCCAGUUAAGUGAGUUUGUAUUUGUAUUUGCUGGUACAGAAUAGUUAAUGGUUCAUGGUUAUGGAUUACCACUUAGAUAAUCAUCAAAUAUAAAACAAAAGCUCAGUGAUGUCUUAUUCUAACCAGUGCCUAAAUUUGCACUUGGUAUAAGACUAUGAGCAGUUUUGGGAUUAGAAAACUUCAUGAUCUUUUAGGCUGUGUAUUUUUCUUACACGAAGUUUGACGUUUGUACAUGACAGGUCUCAGGCGUUUGUGGAGUGUAUUUGAGUCAGACAAAGCAAACAAACCAUUUUCUUUGGAGUUUGUGGCAUUCAAAGUGAGAUAGAGCAGUGGUUUGUACUAUAUACAUAGUGUUUAGAAUCUACUACUGGUCACUUUUUUACCAGAUACAUAUGUAAUUGUAAUAGCCAAAAUGCCCACUUAACUUCUUGAAUUCUUCACACUUUCUGGGUAUGCUUGUCACUACAGAGCCUUAGAGCCACAUGCAAGAAUAUGAAUUAAUUCUAAUGUCUAUAGCAGUAGUUGAACCUGCAUCAGGAGAAUCAGAGGUCACGUUGCCAAUCUUGUUUUGAUACUUGGGAUGUGAGUUCAAAUCCUGCUACAGAUAUCAGAAUUAUUUCAUAUUCUUACAUUUGGAUCUUAGGCUUUGUAGUGACAAGUGAAUCCAGUUGAAAGGUUAAGAGGGCAUUGUGGUUAUUACAAUUGCUAUUAGUCAAUUACUACUUAAUAAAUAUAAAAUUUUCUGAUAAUCACAGAAGAAAAAAUAAUCAAGAAGCAAUCACAGAUCAUCUGGGUGUAGAAACAUGUUUGGUGUACUCACAAAAAAGUUGCUGUCAUCUUCAUGAGUAGACAUUCUUUGUCAAGUUAUAUUUUAGUGGUACUCUGAUGUCUGAUAACAUGUGAGUCACAUAAUCUGCAUGGUUAGGAAGUCACUGUCCAUUGAAUUAGUCACAUCUCAUGUCCAGUACUUAAAGAUGCAUUUCCAGAAAAGUUCAUUUUUUUUAAUAUGUGGUUUGUUCAUUACGAGCGACAGAAAAGUAAGUCCAAGAUAUUGUGCAAAUUUUGGCCAUAGUAUUAAUUCAUACGUACCAAACUGAAAUCAGUUCUCAAGGAAACGGAUGUGGUGACAUGGUCUUAAGAGUGUAUGAUACCGUACAGUUCUCGAAUGGACUUUGUAGAAGGUACGGGAGAAUCUUUGUCAAAAGAGUUUGACAAGAUAUGAGUUGCUGUAAAUUAUGUAUAUAUAUAAUUCGUACGCAUUCAGAAAUAAUAAUGUAUAUGAACGAUUUCCUUCGUAAAUGUUCAGUAUUCCUAUAUAUAUUUUGGCAAGUAGAGAGAGAGAGAGAGAGAGGAAGGUGUGAGCACAAAGUGUAUGUGACAUUUGCAUUAGGGAAGUACUUUAUAUUUUGUGUACUGAGUUAAUGUAAGUUUCAUCUGAUAUUAAAUAAAAUCUUAUUAAUCAGC